GCCACCGGAGAUGCUCUAAAAACACUUUCCGUUAGGACACAAAUUUAGGUGGAAACGAAAGUUAUGUAUGCAUAGAGCAGACACACAACAUUGUACAUGUAAAUAAUCUGUUAAACCCUUGUUCGUGUGUUUCCUCCAUCUCUAAACCCCAAAAUGAAAUUGUCAUCAUCAGAAACCGAAUUGAUGAGGAACAUAACAGCGACACUAACCUCAAAAGCCAUCUCAAACCCCCAUGAAUCACUCUCCCAAUUCAUCCCUCACCUCACCCCACCCAUCAUCCUCUCACUCCUCUCCUCCAAAACCCUCUCUUCUCGCCCCAACACUCUCCUCUCCUUGUACAAAUUCACCCUCAACAACGCCCCCCACCUCUCCCCUCCCACCAGAACCUCUUUCCUCCUCACCCUCCUCCCUCCCCUCUUCAGCCACAACAAGUUCUCCGACGCCAAACGCCUCCUUGUCGACUACAUUUCGCAGGAUACCAAACAUCAUCUUUAUGCCAAGCUAAUGCACAAGGAUCCCGCAUUGCCUCGCCCCACGAAAGCCCUUCUUGAUACGGCUGUUGGGGCCUAUGUGCAAUGCGGGUUUCCGGUUCUCGCACACCAGGUGUUUGAUAGAAUGACUAGGCUCAAGUUUCGGCCCAAUUUGCUGACGUGCAAUACGCUUCUCUGUUGUUUGGUUAAUAAAGUGGAUGAUGGGGAUUCUAUGGAUGUGUGUACUGGGAUUUUUGGGGAUGCCAUUAGGCUUGGUGUUUAUUUGAAUACGUCCACGUUUAAUAUUUUGAUUAAUGGGUUUUGUUUGAGGAAUAAGUUUGAUGAGGCGAUGGAGGUGUUGAAGAGUAUGGGGGAGUAUAAUUGUUUGCCGGAUAGUGUCACGUAUAAUACCUUGUUGGAUGCUUUGUGUAAGAAGAAUAGGUUGGGUGAAGCUAGAGAUUUGUUAUCGGAUAUGAAAAGUAAAGGGUUGCUGCCUAGUAGGAAUACAUAUAAUAUAUUGGUUCGUGGGUAUUGUAAGAUGGGGUGGUUAUCGGAUGCUGCGAAGGUUAUUGAGUUGAUGAGUUUGAAUGGUGUCCCGCCUGAUCUUUGGACUUAUAAUACUUUGAUUGACGGCUUGUGUAGUGAAGGGAGGAUUGAUGAGGGAUUAAGGCUUCGAAUUGAGAUGGGGGCUUUUAAAUUGAUGCCUGAUGUGGUCACUUAUAACACUUUAAUCAAUGGAUGCUUGCAAUGGAAACAUAGGGAAGAGGCUAUGAAAUUGAUUGAUGAAAUGAAGGAGAAGGGGAUAAAGAAGAAUGCAGUUACUCACAAUAUAAUUAUAAAGUGGCAUUGUAAGGAAGGGAUGAUGGAUGCCGUUGGUGAUGUUAUUAAAGAGAUGGAAGCGAAUGGAUUUGGACCUGAUCCUUUUACUUACAAUACUUUGAUAAAUGGGUAUUGUAAAGCUGGAAAUCUGGGAGAAGCUUUAAAGCUGAUGACUGAAAUGAGGGAAAAAGGUUUCAAGAUGGAUAAGUUUUCCAUAAACACAGUUCUUCAUGCUCUGUGCAGGGACCAGAAGCUCUCUGAGGCUUAUGAAUUAUUGACAAGUGCUACAGGUCAAGGUUAUACUGUUGAUGAGGUCAGCUAUGGCACUCUGAUUGUGGGUUAUUUCAGGGAUGAAAAGUUUGAUAUCGCCUUAAAACUUUGGGACGAGAUGAAGAGCAAAGAUAUCAGACCGAGUCUUAUAACAUAUAACUCUAUCAUCGGAGGACUCUGCAAAUCAGGAAAAACUGAACAAGCAAUUAUCAAGCUUAAUGAACUUCUCGAGGAUGGGUUUUUCCCUAAUGAAACAACUUACAACACUAUCAUAAAUGGAUACUGCAACGAGGGGAAUGUUGAGAAAGCAUUUCGAUUUCAUAACCGGAUGGUUGAGAAUUGUUUCAAACCUGAUAUAUAUACAUCUAAUAUUCUACUACAGGGGCUUUGUAGAGAAGAUAUGUUGGAGAAAGCCCUUAGACUUUUUAACACUUGGAUCUCAAAAGAAAAGCAGUUAGAUGCAGUGACAUACAACACAUUGAUAACAGCUCUAUGCAAGGCAGGGAGAACUGAUGAUGCUUUAGGCCUAGUUACUGAAAUGUGUGAAAAGAAGCUAGGUCCGGAUAAGUACACAUAUAAUGCUAUCAUAUCGGCACUUACUGAUGCAGGGAGGAUGAAAGAAGCAGAGGAUUUGAUUUCUAAAAUGAUUGUGAUAGAUGAGUCAUCUGACAAGUCUCAUCCAUUAGAUAAAGAGCAAGAUGUUACUUGUGAAACUCAGAAUGAAUUGGAUUCAAGUUCCGUUGCUUAUUCAGAACACAUUAAUGAUCUAUGCAGUAAGGGAGAAUACAAGGAUGCAUUUCAAAGUUUUGGAGAAUUGUCACAGAAGGGCAUUACACUGGACAAAUCUACAUACAUUAAUUUGAUUAGUGGGCUCUUAAAGGGUUAAACAAGUAAA